GCGCACCUUCUGCUCCAUCACCAGCCGAUGCGCCCCGGCAACUUCUAGCAGCCCCGGACCCGCAGCGCACACAUGCCCGACCCUCAACAACAACGGUCAGCUUCAUAGACAGGUAAUGGAUCCAGUGUGAUUGUUACAACACCAUCCUGCCCAGCUGGCCUGUCUAUGUCCGAAACUAUGGCAACUUGUCCGAGAGGCUGCACCCCAGCGGUGCGCCUUUGUCAGAAACUGAACCGACUCAAGACACUAGAUGAUGACAUGAUGGCCACGUCGCUGAAACGCUGCCUCUCCACCCUGGAUCUGACUCUGCUGGGAGUCGGCGGCAUGGUGGGCUCCGGCCUUUACGUCCUGACUGGAACAGUGGCUAAAGACAUGGUCGGGCCUGCUGUCAUCAUAUCUUUCAUUUUUGCAGGUAUUGCGUCUCUACUGGCCGCCUUUUGUUACGCAGAGUUUGGAGCGCGCAUUCCCAAAACAGGAUCCGCCUACAUGUUUACCUAUGUCUCUGUAGGAGAGAUCUGGGCCUUUCUCAUUGGUUGGAACGUGAUUCUGGAGAACAUGAUUGGUGGCGCUGCUGUGGCACGCGCCUGGAGUGGCUAUCUGGACUCCAUUUUUAACCACGCCAUCCAGAACUUCACGGAGACACACAUCAUGCAGUGGAACGUGCCCUUCCUUGCCCAUUACCCCGACGUCCUUGCAGCAGGGAUUCUAAUAGUUGCCUCGUUCUUCAUCUCAUUUGGAGUUCAAGUGUCCUCUUACCUCAACCAUAUCUUCUCCACUAUUAGUAUGGCCGUCAUUGUUUUCAUCCUGGUCUUUGGCUUUAUGCUGGCUGAACCAGCCAAUUGGAGCCAGAAAGAAGGAGGUUUUGCACCUUUUGGGCUGUCUGGAAUACUGGCAGGGUCCGCCACGUGCUUCUACGCAUUCGUGGGCUUUGAUGUAAUUGCGUCCUCAAGUGAGGAGGCAAAGAACCCACAAAAAGCGGUUCCCAUUGCCACUGCGGUCUCCCUCGCGUUGGCUGCAACAGCUUACAUCCUGGUCUCUACAGUGCUCACGCUAAUGGUACCCUGGCAUACACUGGACCCCAACUCAGCUCUGGCAGAUGCUUUCUUCCGCCGCGGUUACAGUUGGGCAGGAGUGAUUGUGGCAAUAGGUUCCAUUUGUGCCAUGAACACAGUGCUGCUCUGUAAUCUCUUCUCCCUCCCUCGGAUUGUGUACGCCAUGGCAGAGGACGGGUUGUUCUUCUCCAUUUUUGCACGGGUCAAUCCCGUCACCAAAGUCCCUGUCAAUGCUAUAUUGGUCUUUGGGGUCCUCAUGGCCACCAUGGCUCUCAUCUUUGACCUGGAGGCCUUGGUUCAGUUCCUGUCCAUCGGCACCCUCCUGGCGUACACCUUUGUGGCAGCGAGCGUUAUUGUGCUGCGCUUCCAGCCUGAGAAAACCAACUGUAAGGGAACCGCUUCCACAUCUCCCAACCCUAAUGCUGAGCCUUCCCCUGCCCCCUCAGAGUCUCAGACCAUAGCCGAGGACAGUGGGGAGCUGAAGCAGUACGAGUCCUUCUCUGACAAACUCCAGCUGGUGGAGAGGCAGACGAUGAGAGAGCGGCGUGGGGUAGGGCAGCUGAAGGCCUACUGGGAACCCUACCUUGGCAGGCUGGUGGCGGACUGUGAGCCGGGCGAGGUUGUGGCUUUCUGCGUGCUGACUCUGAUCGUGAGCUCGGUCUCCCUCUGUGCUGUGAUAGAAUUUGGAACCAAACAGCUGCAGCUGCCUAUCUGGAGCUUCACCAUGCUGAUUGUGAUUUUUAGCUUAGCUUAUGUUCUCAGCCUGGCACUCAUAUGGAUUCACGAGCCACAAACCAACAGCAAAACAUUUCAGGUACCUUUGGUUCCAUUGACUCCAGCUGCCAGCAUCCUCUUUAAUGUGUUCCUCAUGAUGAAGCUCAGCUCUUUAACCUGGAUUCGAUUCACCGUAUGGAUCGCUAUAGGUCUGUUUGUGUAUUUUGGCUACGGGAUCUGGCACAGUAAGGAGGGCAUGCGGGAGCUGCAGCCCAAAGACAUGGCCGCCCGGUACGUGGUGCUACCCAGCGGCAGCCUGGUAGAGACAGUGCAGUCUGUCCAGCCCGAUGGACAAGUGGACCACAUCAACUCCUCGACUGCAUCGACAGCUGAGGAGUACGCAGGAAAGAGAUGA